GAGAGGGGGAGAGGGAGUGCGCGCGGGCGAGCGCGCGCGCGCGUGUCGUACGCUCCCGGCAGCUUCGGCGCAACUUUAAAUCACGGACGCGGACUUGGAUGCGGUUGAUUCGAGCCGCGUAAAAGUCAGCCCAACAUGUCCCGACUGGAGCGCGCGCGCGCUCUGCUCGUCUGCUUAUCCGCGUUGGGGUUUUGCGCCACUCUACACGCUUUUAAGCACGCGGCCACCCUGGACCCGGAGGGCAAAUACCGCAUCAGGUGGAGAUGGGACGACUCAGCGAUAACCUUCGAGGUGGAGGUGGAAACCAGGGGCUACGUGGGGCUCGGCUUCUCCACCACGGGGGCCAUGGCCCUGUCCGACCUGCUGAUCGCCGGGGUGGACCGAGGGAAGCCCUACGUGCAGGACUACCAUGUGGACAGCAACCGGAAAGUUCACAGGGACCCCGAGCAGAACUACAGGCUGGAGUACGCCAUGGAGAACAGCACCCACACUGUCCUGGCAUUCAGCAGACUGCUCCACACCUGCGACACUAAUGACAAGGCCAUUACGGAGAGCACGGUGCGAGUUAUCUGGGCCUACCACAGCGAGGAUGUGGGGCCUUCUGGCCCCAAGUAUCAUGGAACGAAUAGGGGACGGAAGAGUAUGCGGCUGCUCGAACCCACAACUGCCAGGAACGUCCCUGCGGGGACACAAUUCUUCAACUUGCAGAACACUGACACAGGUACCAGUGCCUUCUAAAGACACAACCUACUGGUGUCAGUUGUUUAAAAUCCCGGACGUACAGAAAAAGCAUCAUAUUAUUAGAAUUGAGCCCUUGAUUCAAAGAGGCCACGAAAAUCUGGUCCACCACAUCUUGUUGUACCAGUGCGACAGCGGUCUAAAUGAGACGGAGCUUGAUUUGGGUCACGAAUGCUACCAUCCAAAUAUGCCGGACUCUUUUCUGACCUGUGAGACGGUUGUAUUUGCCUGGGCAAUCGGAGGAGAGGGGUUCACCUACCCUCCGCAUGCUGGCCUGUCAAUUGGCACUUCCAUAGAUCCAGUUUAUGUCCUGAUGGAAGUGCACUAUGACAAUCCAGCUUUACAGCAAGGAGUUGUGGACAGUUCAGGUCUGCGACUGUACUACACUCCAACACUGCGCCGCUACGAUGCCAGUGUGAUCGAGAUGGGCGUCUGGGUCAGCCUGUACCACAUGCUUCCUCCUGGACUGCAGGAAUAUGUGUCAGAGGGACACUGCACCCAGGAGUGUCUUCAAGAGUCCCUGGACCAGGAGAUGCCAAGUGGGAUCCGGGUUUUUGCGGUUCUGAUGCAUUCUCACCUCGCUGGGCGGGCCAUCCGUGUCCGACACUUCCGGAACCAGGAGGAACUGCCCCAUCUGGCUCAAGAUGAUGAAUUUGACUUCAACUUUCAAGAAUUCCAGUACCUUACGCAGGAGAGACUGCUGUUACCUGGGGACAGUUUGAUCACAGAGUGCAAGUACAACACGCGAGGUCGAAAGAAUAUGACUUGGGGUGGCCUGAGUACAAGGGAUGAGAUGUGUCUCUCCUACCUACUCUACUACCCACGAGUGAACCUCGCCAGAUGUGAGAGUCUCCCCGAAAUCACUGGGCAGCUGAAGUUUAUAGGUGUCAAAAAAAUUCAGAUCCCUGUGACCACCUGGCCAUUCAUUAUCAAGAGCCCCAAGCGGUACAGCAACCUGUCCUUCACAGAGGCCAUGGACAAGUUCAAGUGGUCGAAGAAGAGGGGCAAGGCCUUCAACGAGAUGGUGCUGCGGCUGCCCAUGAACGUGCGGUGCUCCAAGCGCGGUCAAGAGGAGUGGUCGAUCCAGGGCACCAUUGUGUCUCCCCCGGAAAUUAAAUCGGAAGCCAGGCCUCCCACCACCCCGUGCAGCGCUGCGACAAAACUGAGUGCCACACUUCCCUUCCUCCUCCUGUUCUUUGGAUCCUCGCUCCCCACCCACUUGUCUCCCUGGCUGUAAUUAAGCCCAAAUCCUGGGACUCCUGACAGCUCUGGCCUCAUGGGCAAACGCGUCACAGCAAGUGCCACCUCGCUACUCUGGAAGUGGAUGCUGGCAAGCAACAAAUCAGGUGUCGAAGGGUAAUCGGAAUGUCAGAUUUUAACCCAUUUUCACAUCCGAUUUAACUCGAGGCCAUGUGUGUUGACCAGGCUAUUUGAUAUUAAAAAGGAUGACUGGUUUCCUUUUCCCACACAAAAAUUACUAAGAAUAAAACGUGCGUAGUUUAUGACUCUUUUACAAGGGCCGAAACUAAUGAAUCUGGCUAUGUUUCAACGUAGAAGAUCAGCAACGUUUCAAUUACCACAAUCAUGACUCAUUUGUACAGGUUUUCCUCCUGUAACAAAGGGCCUUUUUAUGCAAAUUCCAGCUUCAGAGCAAAUGUCAUUUGUACCCUAAAUUUUGCAUAAUGAGCUGUGAACUGUCAGAAGAAAUGUCUUACAAAAUCAGAAAUUUCAUUUCGGAAUCCAGGCCUUGGCAACAUCGAGAACCAUCCAAGGCAAAUAGAAUCUCUUGCACAUGUCAGCUGUAACCACAAUGUCAGCCAUGUGACUGUAAGCAAGUAUCUCUCAGAACUUUUUAUUAUCUAUAAUAAUGAGUCCUAAAGCACAAAAAAAUUUAAAAGUGGUAAAAGUUGAAAAAACAAAGGAAAACCUUACGUAAAACUGGAAGUGACAAAAGGGAUGAAGUUUUCUUGAAAGGCAGUAUCAUGACAAAUGACUCUGUGUCAUUUCAUUUUCAAUUCAUUUAUUGUAGAUGAUACUGUAGAGAGGAGGAACAAGUGUUACAAUUGCAGUGAUCACAAGAACUGCGUGGUUAAGUAGUGUUGGAAAUUUAAAUAAUUAUAAUAUUUAUAAAAGUGCACCGGAAAGUAGCUUCUCGAAGUGAUGUAGAAUAAAGAAGAAAGGUAUAUGGGUUAUGAAUCUAAAACAGAUUACAAUAAAUACUAGCUUUAAAAAAUACACCAAAAAGGAGCAAUGCAAUAAAAUGAAAAAUCUCAACAUUAUGUCAAUAAAAUAACAACAAAUUCCAUUAAUAACCCUUUGUCUAAUGUGGUAACCUAGAGUGGAAAACAGUGUCCAAAGCAGACGGGAAAUACUCUGGUGCUCUGGUAAAUUUUCAUGGGGAAAGGGAAAAAGAUAUGUUAUGUAUAAUCAGUUUUGAACAUGAGGUUUUCAGCCUGAAUUUAGACCUGUCUGAUAUUCUGGCCUUGGUUUUUAAUUAGAAUUUGUCAGUGAUCAAAUAAGGCCGGACUGAUGCGUACUUGGUGAAAAAUAUGCGAACUUCUUAUAGAGCAGAAACGUAUUAUCUAUUUUUCAAAUUUAAAUCGGUUAUAAUGACAAGUUCUUUUUAUGAGAAUUCUCUUUAUGAGAAGUUUUUUAGGAAUGCAUUAUGCUCAUUAUGAAAAGAAGCCUGUAUGUAGUGCACAGAAAUUAGUGUGAGAUAUUUUUUUGACAGUAUCGAGUAUUAAAGCACACCAAGGUCACACAUAGAUCCAGGAGUUUCAUCCAAAGAAACUGAAAUGUAUACAGAUUAAAUUAAUUUUUUUUAGGAUAUUUAACAGUAUUUAUAGUUUAUUGUAUAAAAGCUGAUGCAGCUAUAAAUAUUAUGAAGCUACUUCUUCUUGUUUUUAAAUCAGAAUUCAGCUUUGGCCAGUCUAGUAAUUAUAUAUCUGUGUCGACUUGCUUUUUAUAUUAUCUGGUCUUCAUGUGGUUAUGUCUCCUGUACUUGCUGUACGUCCAGUAAAGCUUAACACUUCUCUUCA